ACAUACCUGCUCACCUUUGUCUCCUUCGUUAAACGCAUUCACAUAAACAGCUAUACUAUUAGGAUUUCUAUCUUUUAAACCAAACAUAACCUACACUGCACACACUCGCUGUGCCAGGUAUAUUUUUUUCUGAUUUCUGAAGGAGAAGACCACAAUGGCGCCUUCGGUUCUGCAGAACGGUGGAUUCAUUUUGGGCCUGAUCGGGGCAUCAGCCCUGAUCGCAGCCACAGCCAUGAACAAGUGGAGUGUGAAGGACAGGCAGGGGGAGGUGGUGACAUCUCUUUACACCUACAAGGGUCUGUGGCAGAACUGUGAGACGGCCUCCUCUGGACUCACCGAAUGUCGUCCGCUCUACGGCCUCCUGGGCUUCUCAGGGGCCUUCCAGGCUGUGCGGGCCCUGAUGAUAGUGGGCGUGGUGCUGAGUAUACUGGGGGCGGUGAUAUCAUUUUUCUCCCUCACCUGCCUCACGAUGACCAGCAUGGAGGACACCACCAAGGCCAAGAUGAGCCUCACCGCCGGCAUCAUGUUCAUCGUCGCUGGCGUGUGCGGCAUUGCAGGUGCAUCCAUCUACGCCAACCAGAUCGUGGCCAGUUUCAGGAUGGCCACCUAUCCCAGCUAUGGUGGAGGGAUGGGAAACGGUGGAAUGGGAGGAAUGGGGGGAAUGGGAGGAAUGGGAGAAGGAAUGCCCACAUACACGUUUGGCCCUGCACUGUUUAUCGCCUGGAUUGGAGGCGGCGUGCUGCUUAUUGGCGGCGUCCUGAAGUCACUGGCUUUCAGGGGAAUGGUGAAAGAGGAAAAACCCCAUUACCCAGGGGUUGUUUACAAACCUCAGUCCCGUGCCAAAACCGACCCGGGAGAUCAUCACUCAGAGGAUGGCAAGAAAACCCAAUAUGUGUGACUUUAAACAGCCUCAGCACUGACAAGUGGUUAAUGCUCAGAUUUGUGUUUUUCAGCCUUCGUGCAGCCGGCUUUGUGUGAUUUUUUUUAUUUGCAUACACACAUUUAAUACUGCAUCUUAUUGCCUGGCCGUGGUCUAUCAUGCCUCACAUCCAAACAGAAGGUGUAAUAAUAAUUAAAAAAAAGGCAUUAUUGGCAAAUUAUGUAGUUUUCACAUGCCGAUUAGUGGUUAUGAGAUAUUUAUAAAUGUGCAGAGACCCUUUGUAAUUGAAGCUUUUUUUUACUUGAGUUUUGUUAAAUCAUUUUAUUUUUUGUUUGAAUAUAAAACACUGAUUCUGAUAUAUGGCGUUCAAGUUUUUUUUGGGAAAGUGUCGUUAAUGACGGAGUGUGAAUAUGACAUCAUUUCUUGAGCACUAUCAGGAAAUCAUGUUCUGGAUUUAGGACUAAAGUGAGUACGAGGCAUUUCUAACAGGACGUAUCCAUCUGCCAACGCAAUGUUGGCGCCCUGGGCGAGAUUUCAAAUUUGCGCCCCCCCAACAUACACACGCAAACUGUCAUGCAUCCCCAAGAAGUUUUGGACUGUAUACAG